UAUAACAGCAGCAGCGGCACACCACGCACACAUAUUGCCGCUCCAGGCUCUGGCAAAAUCGUUUACACCUUUGGAAAUCCUACGUUGAUCAACAACGCAAAAUGGUCAUCGUUGGAGCAAACCAAGAUUGCCAUUAAACAGUUGUUGCUGUAUAAUGGCGAACCACUAAGCGCUGUCAAUGUGAAAUACAUGUUCGAUAAUCAACGUGAAAAGUGUGAGAUUGCGGGGGAUCGUGUCUUCAAUAUUGGCAAGAACUUAUGUCGUAAAGUAUUCGGACCAGAUGCAGAUGAUUAUGAAUUAAGUCCAGUGGAUGUUCACUCACAGAACACUGUUAAAACCAUUGGCACUAUAUAUUGCGAUCACGAUGGUCCGUUGGAUGCUUCCUCGACUAUGCUUGUUGGUUCUGAUGAAAUGUGUACUCGCACGGUACGACUAAACUUUAGCAAAAUCAAAUCCGUUGGUGUUUUUCCAGGACAAGUUGUUAUGGUAUCAGGUAUGAACCCAAAAGGAGAUACACUUACAGUAGAAAAUAUUAUAGCUGAAAAACAACUGACACAACCAACACCCCCUAAAAUUGAUAGCCAACUGAGUGUUGUUAUAGCUGCUGGUCCAUACACAUUCGAUGACGAUAUACUAUAUGAUCCGCUACAUGAUCUACUAAACUAUUUAAAAGAAAAUCUACCGGAUGUGUUAGUACUUACUGGACCAUUUUUUGAUGUCGAUCAUCAAAUAAUACUUGAGAACAUGGGCGAAACAUUUGAAGUAUUUUUUGAAAGAAUGAUAGCCGGCAUUGUGGAAAUUAUUGGUACAUCAACUACUGUUCUAAUGGUCAGUUCCCAAUAUGAUGCUAUGGCUGAUCCUGUAUAUCCAACUCUACCGGUUUCAUUGAAAAAAACAUAUCCAAAUGUACACAUGUUACCAGAUCCUUCAAUGAUAGACUUAAAUGGCAUUAUUAUAGGCAUGACAUCAACAGAUGUUGUUGAUCAUAUUAUCAGCACGGAGCUAGCAAUCAAUGCUGGGGAUAAAAUUAAGCGUGUUGUCAAUCAUCUAUACAAUCAAGGCUCUUUUUAUCCGUUGAACCCUCCACCUGAAGAUAAACUCUGUCUUGACAGUAACCUAACAAGCAAAUUUGCUAAUAUUGAGCAAAUACCCAAUAUUAUUAUACUGCCUAGUGAUCAGAAAUGUUUUAUACGGGUUGUUAACGGCAGUUUGGCUAUUAAUCCGGGGCGUUUAGCAGACAAUGCAGGUGGUACAUUUGCACGUCUUAUUAUAGCUCCUUCGGCAAAUAAGGAUGAAAAUAAUUUUCUUAGCAACAUAGGUUGUCAAGUACGCAAAGUUUAA